AUGACCAGGGCGCUAAAGUCGAUUCUGCUCGGGAUUGCCGCUUUGGCGGUCGGCACCCAUGCUGUCCCCUGUCAGGGACCUCGCACUUACCAGGCCGAAGAUGCUGUGUUAACUGGGACGCACAUCGAUACCGCGCAGCCAGGCUACACUGGCAGCGGCUAUGUGACCGGGUUUGAUCAGUCUUCUGACAAGAUCACCUUCAAGAUCAACAGCCCUAGCACCAGGCUUUACGAUCUGAGCAUCCGUGUGGCUGCCAUCUAUGGCGAAAAGCGCACAACUGUCGUCCUCAACGGCGCCUCGAGCAGCGAAGUUUACUUCCCUGCCAGCGACAGCUUCAUCACUGUCUCUGGUGGUCAAGUGCUGCUAAAUGAAGGGGCUAAUACCCUCGACAUCGUCAGCAACUGGGGCUGGUAUCUCAUAGAUUCCAUCACUUUGACGCCCUCGGCCCCUCGCGCGGCUCAUAACAUCAACCCAAACCCCGUCAACCCAGCCGCCAAUGCCGACGCCAAGGCCCUUUACAACUACCUCAAGUCCAUAUACGGCAAGAAAAUUCUCUCCGGUCAGCAAGAGCUCUCGUGGGCGAACUGGAUCUCCCAGCAGACGGGGAAGACUCCGGCCCUUGUCUCCGUCGACCUGAUGGACUACUCCCCCUCGCGUGUGGAGCGCGGCACUGUUGGCACCGCCGUGGAAGAAGCCAUCCAGCACCACGAGCGUGGCGGCAUUGUAUCAGUUUUGUGGCACUGGAACGCACCGACUGGUCUGUACGAUACCGAGGAGAACAGGUGGUGGAGCGGCUUCUACACGCGCGCAACAGACUUCGAUGUCGAGCAGGCGCUGAGCUCGACGACCAAUGCCAACUACACGCUCAUCAUCCGCGACAUUGACGCGAUCGCCGUGCAGCUGAAGAGGCUGCAAGAUGCCGGAGUGCCCGUUCUCUUUCGUCCACUGCACGAAGCAGAGGGCGGCUGGUUCUGGUGGGGUGCGAAGGGUCCCGAGCCGUGCAAGAAACUGUGGAAUUUGCUAUAUGACCGGCUCACGAACUACCAUCAGCUGAAUAACCUCCUGUGGGUGUGGAACUCGAUCCUACCAGAGUGGUACCCAGGCGAUGAUACUGUCGAUAUCCUAUCCGCAGAUGUUUAUGCGCAGGGCAAUGGUCUCGUUGAGCUCGGCCAAGACAAGAAGAUGAUUGCUGCCACCGAGGUCGGCGCUGCUCCUCUUCCGGACCUUCUGCAAGCCUAUCAGGUGCACUGGCUGUGGUUCGCUGUUUGGAGCGACGGCUUCAUCAACAAUGCUGAAUGGAACUCGCUCGAAACUCUUCAAACCAUCUACAACCACGACUACGUCCUGACUCUCGAUGAGAUCCAGGGUUGGCGUAAUUCUGCGUAG